AAAAUCUAUUGGAUCAUUUACAUUCCCAGAUUUACUCUCUUCCUCACCCAUAAGGGUCAACCGGUCAACGGCGAAUCUGUGCUUCUCCUUAAUAUUUUUUUCCCUUUUUUUAUGCCUCUUCAUUUUCAUUUUGUAGUGUAAUAAUUAUUAUCCAAAUUAAAAAAGAGGAGGAAAAAAAAAAAGAAAGGGAAGGAGAGGAAGUGUUUUUUUUUUUGGUAUUUUUUUAUUAUUGAUGCUGAUUUUCAGGAAUUAAAAAGGCGGAGUAAGAGAAGAGAGGGGGAGGUUAGCUGGUCAGAGCACGCUCGUCCGAUAAUGUUUCCCAGCAACAGCAUCAACCCUAAAAUAAACAUUCAUCAAUUCAUAAUCCAUUUCAAGAUUUUGGGAACUUCGAGUAGACUGCUGCUAGUUUGUUUCUGAUGCCACUUUUAUCAUCUUCAGCUCCUUUGUUUCUUUCUUGACGGCUGCUCGAUUCAUUGCUCCAUUCAUCUGCAUAUAUCACCUGUGUAAUUGAUGACGCUUUUUUGAUGAGGAAAAGGCAGUGAAUGAAGAGUGGUAAUAAUAACAAUAACAUAGGGGAACAGAGACUGUUUCAUGGGCAACACAUGCAGUGGAUCUUUCAGAGGGAAAUUAUAUCAGGGUACUCAGCCCGAGGAUCAAUAUACCUCCAAGGGCAACACAAAUUCCUCUGACCGCUCCAAUUCCAAUCAUUCCGCUUCCAGCCUCGCCACUGCCAGUGAUUUCUCCAAAGAUAAGUCCAAAAGAGAGAACCAUUUACCUGCCAUUAGCCCCACUAAGAAAGAUACCAUCAUGAGACGGAAUCCUGAUACCCAGGCUUACUAUGUUAUUGGCCAUAAGACUGCCAACAUUCGUGAUCUUUACACACUAGGUCAUAAGCUAGGACAAGGACAGUUUGGUACUACUUACUUAUGCACCGAGAAUGCCACGGGCAUUGAGUUUGCUUGUAAGUCUAUCUCCAAGAGGAAAUUGAUCUCCAGAGAGGAUGUGGACGAUGUCAGAAGGGAGAUUCAGAUAAUGCACCAUUUGGCUGGUCACAAGAACAUUGUGACAAUUAAAGGAGCAUAUGAGGAUCCAUUGUAUGUGCAUAUUGUGAUGGAACUUUGUGGGGGUGGCGAAUUGUUUGAUAGAAUUAUCCAGAGGGGCCACUACAGUGAGAGGAAGGCAGCUGAGUUGACAAAUAUCAUUGUUGGGGUUGUUGAGGCUUGUCAUUCCCUUGGGGUUAUGCAUAGGGAUUUGAAGCCAGAGAAUUUUUUGUUGGUUAACAAAGAUGAUGAUUUCUCUCUCAAAGCCAUUGAUUUUGGGCUGUCUGUAUUCUUCAAACCAGGUCAAGUUUUCACUGAUGUGGUGGGUAGUCCUUAUUACGUUGCUCCGGAAGUACUUCUCAAGCAUUAUGGGCCAGAAGCAGAUGUGUGGACGGCAGGGGUGAUUUUGUAUAUAUUGCUCAGUGGUGUACCACCUUUUUGGGCAGAAACACAGCAGGGAAUAUUUGAUGCUGUUUUGAAGGGACAUAUCGACUUUGAUUCCGACCCAUGGCCCCUUAUAUCUGACAGUGCAAAGGACCUUAUAAGGAAGAUGCUAUGCUCUCAGCCUUCAGGACGUCUGACUGCUCAUGAAGUGCUAUGUCAUCCUUGGAUUUGUGAAAAUGGAGUUGCUCCUGACAGAGCACUAGAUCCAGCUGUGCUUUCUCGUCUGAAAACAUUCUCUGCUAUGAACAAAUUAAAGAAGAUGGCUUUGCGGGUAAUAGCGGAAAGCCUUUCUGAGGAAGAGAUUGCUGGAUUGAGAGAAAUGUUUAAGGCGAUGGAUACUGAUAACAGUGGUGCAAUCACAUUCGAUGAACUUAAAGCUGGUUUACGAAAAUACGGCUCACAAAUGAACGAUACAGAGAUACGAAGCCUUAUGGAUGCAGCUGAUGUGGACAACAGUGGGACCAUAGACUAUGGGGAAUUUAUCGCUGCAACCUUCCAUCUUAACAAACUCGAACGUGAGGAACAUCUAGUUGCAGCAUUUCAAUACUUUGACAAGGAUGGAAGCGGCUAUAUCACAGUUGAUGAGCUUCAGGCGGCGUGUCAUGAACAUAACAUGCCUGACGAAUUACUUGAGGAUAUCAUCAGAGAGGUUGAUCAAGAUAAUGAUGGAAGGAUUGACUAUGGGGAAUUUGUUGCGAUGAUGCAAAAAGGAAAUGCUGGUAUUGGUAGACGAACUAUGCGAAGCAGUCUGAGCAUGACAAUGAUAGAUGCACCAGGUGCUCAUUAGCUGCCGAUUAUGGACAUUGUGUACAGGUUGACAGCAAAGCCUUCUGAGGAUGCUGCUUAGCACGAAAGCCAGAAGAAGCAGUUUUGGACCUCCUGAGGGCUUUCCACUCGAGCUUUUGCUGAAAAAUAUGUACUUGAGAGUUGGUAAAACUUUAGUGUUAAUUGUCAAGAGUUAUCCUCCAAGUUUCUAAGUUAAUUACUCGGUGCGGUGCUUUAUUUGAAGAUUCGUAUUGAUUUUGAAGUAAAAAAUUAGAAGAAGAUGUUAUGAACUUGUGAUAUUGUUCAUAAGAAGACCACUAUAUUAGUUUUUUU